GUUGAUCUCCGUCAUGGGGCCCCGAGCCCUGCUCCUCCUGCUGUCCCGGACCCUGACCCUGACCCUGACCCAGAACUGGACGGGCCCCCACACCCUGGGAUAUUGCAGCACCGCCAUGUACAUACCCCUUGGCGAGAAGAACCGCUACACCGUCGUCAUCUACCUGGACGACACGGAGAUCCUGCGGUUCCAUAGUGACGCUGCCAGUUCCAGACUGGAGCCGAGGGUGCCCUGGAUGGAGCAGGAGGGCGCAGGGUUUUGGGAGGAACAGAUGCAGGAAAUAAGGCACAACGAACAGAGGAGCAGAGUGAACCUGAACAAGCUGCACGUCUACUAUAACCAGAGCGAGGACGGGUCUCACACCCUCCAGGAAAUGACCGGCUGCGUCGUGGGGUCGGACGGGCGCUUCCUCCACGGGUUCAGUCAGUUCGCCUACAACGGCACCGAAUUCCUCUCCCUGGACGAGGACCUGUGCUCCUGGACCACCACGGCCAUGGCGCCCCAGAUCACCUGGCGCGAGUUGGUGCUGCUCCCUGAUGCGGAUGUCAGGAGAUUCUUCCUGCAGGACAUCUGCGUGCGCCGCCUCCACCGCCUCCUGGAGAAGGGGAAGGACACGCUGCUCCGAGCAGACCCUCCAAAGACACAUGUGACCCACCACCCCAUCUCUGACCAGGAGGUCACCCUGAGGUGCUGGGCCCUGGGCUUCUACCCUGCGGACAUCACCCUGAGCUGGCAACGUGAAGGGGUGGACCUGACCCAGGACAUGGAGCUGGUGGACACCAGGCCUGCAGGGGACGGGACCUUCCAGAAGUGGGCAGCUGUGGUCGUGCCUCCUGGAGAGGAGCAGAGAUACACAUGCCAUGUGCAGCACCAGGGGCUGCCUGAGCCCCUGACCCUGAGAUGGGACCCCCCUCCUCAGACCACCAUCACCAUCUUGGGCAUUGCUGCUGCCCUGGGUCUCCUUGGAGCUGUGGCUGCUGCAGCUGUGAUGUGGAGGAGGAAGUGCUCAGGUGGGCAAGGGGUGGGGCUGAGUUCCCUGUGCCCCUGGGGGUGGAGCCCAGGUGGAAGUGUGCUCUGCCCAGAUAAUGGUCAUGGUGUCCCCAAACGGGUGCUUGUCCAUCUGGGGCCUGUUUCCUAACACUGACUCUUUAGU